UAGAUGUGCGUUACAUCUGUGGCCAAACACCCUCUUAGUCUUACCCUUCUUCGUAUAAUAUUCCUUUUCCCACCCUUUUUAUUGUUCUAUUUUUUUUCUCUUUGUCGCUGCCGCACACCGCCACCAAACGACCGGCGGAUUUCCUUCUUCUUCUUUUUUUUUUUUUACUCGCCCGCUGCGGCAGCCACACACCGCCCCGCCCUCUUCUUUUGCCGCUAACCGCCACUAACCCAUUCCCACGCCCGUUUGGUUUCUCUCUGCAACUUCACGCCGCCACACCAACCUGCAUUUUCCCGUAGCGCCUCCAUCCCGAAGCCUGCCGGAAUCGAAGGUUCCAAAUAGAGCGUUAGCUUACAGAUCGAUCCACUGUCGAAAGAGCUUCUCAAUUUCCCGGCCAAUAUAGCUCCAGAUGAUUACCAUCCCUUAUUUGACCGCCUUGACCACCUAUUUUAGCUAUGGCCUCCUCUUCGCCUUUGGUCAAUUCCGCGAUUUUUUCAGAAAAAUUUUUGAUUGGUGGAACUCUAGCAAUCUUCAGGGCUACGCUCCGAUCUGCUUAGGCCUCGAGGAUUUUUACAUCCGUCGGCUGUAUCUUCGCAUUCAGGACUGUUUUGGACGACCUAUAGCAAGUGCACCAGAUGCUUGGUUUGAUGUGGUUGAGCGUUACUCCAAUGACUGUAACAAGACGCUGAAGCGAACUACAAAUGUCUCAAGGUGUCUGAACCUGGGAUCAUACAAUUAUCUAGGCUUUGCUGCUGCAGAUGAGUAUUGCACUCCUCGUGUAAUUGAAUCAUUAAAAAGGUUCUCUCCAAGCACCUGUAGUGCUCGUGUUGAUGGAGGAACCACUUCAUUGCAUGAAGAAUUGGAGGUAUGUGUGGCUAACUUUGUUGGAAAGCCAGCUGCUCUAGUAUUUGGUAUGGGCUAUGCAACAAACUCUGCCAUUAUUCCAGUCCUAAUAGGGAAGGGAGGACUAAUUAUUAGCGAUUCAUUGAAUCAUAAUUCAAUAGUUAAUGGUGCUCGGGGAUCAGGAGCUACAAUUCGUGUUUUUCAACAUAAUACUCCAUCACAUUUGGAUAAAGUUUUGAGAGAGCAAAUUGCUGAUGGGCAACCCAGGACACACAGGCCUUGGAAGAAGAUAAUCGUCGUUGUGGAAGGCAUAUACAGCAUGGAAGGUGAAAUAUGCAAACUCCCAGAAAUUGUUGCCAUUUGCAAGAAGUAUAAGGCCUAUGUCUAUUUGGAUGAGGCUCACAGCAUUGGAGCAGUUGGAAAAACAGGAAGAGGUGUCUGUGAACUUUUGGGAGUAGACACAGCUGACGUAGAUAUCAUGAUGGGAACUUUUACAAAAUCAUUUGGAUCAUGUGGAGGCUACAUAGCAGGAUCCAAGGAGCUUAUAAAAUAUCUCAAGUACACUUGUCCUGCUCACCUCUAUGCAACGUCUAUAUCACCACCGGCUGCUCAGCAAAUCAUAUCUUCCAUUAAAGUUAUUCUUGGAGAGGAUGGUUCUAGUAGAGGCGCUCAGAAACUUGCUAGGAUACGUGAAAACAGUAACUUUUUUAGGUCUGAGCUACAGAAAAUGGGAUUUGAAGUUCUUGGAGAUAAUGAUUCUCCGGUAAUGCCUAUAAUGCUUUACAACCCUGCAAAAAUUCCUGCCUUCUCUAGGGAAUGCCUAAAUCAGAAUGUAGCUGUUGUCACUGUUGCUUUUCCAGCUACCCCUCUUCUUCUGGCAAGGGCUCGGAUUUGCAUAUCUGCUUCGCAUACGAAGGAGGACCUCCUUAAAGCCUUAGAGGUUAUCAGUCGAGUUGGUGAUUUGGUUGGUAUAAAAUACUUUCCCGCGGAGGCCCAGAAGCAGGAGACUGAAAAAGAUCCUCAUAAGGUGGAUUAGAAAGUAGAGGAAACGGAGUUGAAAAGAAAUUGUUUUAAUGUGUCUGAUAAAUGGUGGUAGAAGGAGCUGUUGUCCAGGCAGCUCCUUACAUAGUUGUCAAGGGAGGUAGAGGCCAAUUGGGCUGUGAAUACUGGAAAAUUUUCGGAUCUGUAUCUCUUGUACUGUCUGUACCCAUACAUGACAGACAUGCUAUCUUCAUGAAUUUUGGUAUAUUAAUGCACGGGUGGUGUUGUGAUUUUAGUCGCGAGUUUAGCUCCCAUCCGCUUAGACUUC